AUGAAGAAAAUUGCCGAUUUGGAUUUGAAAACAGACCUAGUAGAUUAAAAAUUGCUAAGUAUGAUUCAACCUUUAUUAAUAUUAAACAGUAUUGAAAUUUAUAUUCUAUAAUGAUUAUUAUGAAAGAUGGCAAAUCAAUGAAAUUAAAGGUUUUGUAUUUAUUUUUGGAUUUCAAUGUUGAUUUCACAACAAUAAGGGAAACUGAAUAUAAUUCGAUGGUCGAAAGAACAGGAAAUGAAAAUUCAACAUUAUACUAAAUUUAACAAAAAGUAUUUAGAAAUGAAUGUUAUAUAAAAAUUAUGAUAAAUUUAUCAUAUGAAAGUGAUCAUAAAAUGGGAAUUCAAAGAAUAUCAAGUUCAUAGAUGCCUAAAUCUUUACAAUCUCCAUCGGAUCUAAAACCUCCAACUAUCAAUUCAUCUCUUUUGAGUAAUAUAAAUCCAUUUUCAGAUGUUGUAAGAUAGUAUUUCAUAGUUAGAGCAUUCCUAGAUAAUAUGAUCCAUAAGGACCGAGUCAUAAAAAUAUUGGGGAUCCUCAUGAAGUUAGACUUGUAGAUGAAACUGAAACUAAAAGAAUGAAAAAAAGUAAUUUUAAUAGGUUUAAGAAGUUUGUAUUUUCAUAACCUAAUACAGAUAAAGAAUUAUUAGAUAAAAAAAUCAUUUCUAAAUUCAUAAGCAUUCUCAAACAAAAAGCAUAUAUUUAUCAUGACUACUUUUUUAACUCAUUAUAAAAACAAAUUUUAACUGAAAAAUACAUGACAUUGUCUAAUAAUACAUUUACUAAUAAUGGAAGUAGAAAUCAAAUAAUAUUAGAUUUUUCGUUUUAUUUUAUUUGGGAUUUGCUCACUUUAUUAUAAACUAUUAUUUUGUUAUUUUGGAUAAUCUUUAAAAUUGCAUUUAAUUCCACAAACCAAUAUUUAACACAAGUCAUAUUCAUUUUAUUUAUUGUACUUGAUGUAUUUAUUUGUUUAGUAUCCCCAUAUCUCUAAAAAGGUUAUAUGAUACUUAAUAAAAUCGAUGUUAUUCGAAACUCAAUCCCUUGUACUAUAAUUGCAAACUUAAUAUAUUCAGUUUCGACGACAAUAUUGUUAUUAUAAAAUAAUAAUGAUGAAACUUUGCUCAUUUUAUAUGCCUUUUAAUUUAUUUCAUCAUUAGCUAAGUUAAAUAAAAUCCUCAAUAAAUUAUCAGAUUUUACUUCCUUAAAUUUUGAACUGCUUGUUAAUAUCGGGUAAUUAAUGUUUUUGCUACAUUUAAGUUCAUGUAUUUGGCAUAUUAUAGGAAUCAAUGAUGAAAAUUCAUGGAUCUAUAAAAAUAAUAUAGAUGAAUCAGAUAAAAUGACUAGAUACUGUCAUGCAUUCUAUUAUUCAAUAUCUUUAUUAUUUAAUGUAGGUUCAAGUAAUAUAAUCAUUACAACAAAUACAGAAUUGAUUUUUUCAAGUCUUUUAAUAUUUCUCUCUAUUUGGAUUUGCAGUCUAAUAUUAUUAUAAUUAAAUUAACAUUUAAAGCACUUUUAUGAAUAAUAAUUUCAUUUAUUGUAUUUUUUAUUAAUAGUAUUUAGUAAAGAGAUGGAAACUAUAAAUGCUUUUUUAAAUAGAAGGAAAGUUCCUUUUUUAAUAAAAUGUAAGGUACGAAAUUAUAUAAAGUAUAUGUUUUACAAUAAAAAAAAUGAUUAUGAGGUAUUUUAUAACAUGGUAAACUUAGAUAAGGUUUAAAAUAUUCUGUAAUCAUUAAGACCAGAUUUAAAAGAAGAAUUAAUAUUGUAAAUGAGAUCAAAAGCGUUGUCUUCUUGUAAAUUACUAUAAAAAUUCUCAAAAGAUUCCCUUUACUAAUUAACCAAACAUAUGGAACAUAUCCAUUAUAAUCCUAAUGAAAUAAUUUCAUAGCACGAUUAAUCUUUGUAUCUGAUUGACUCAGGAGAAAUUGAAGUUUAUGAAUAUGAUAAACCUUUGUUAACCUUAAAAUAAGGAGACUAUUUUGGAGAAAUUCUCUUUUUUUCUGACUUUUCAAGCAAAACAAUUUAUAAGACCUUAGAAUUUACUAGACUAUAUAAAAUUAAUUAAUCUAAUUUCCUACAAAUCAUCUCUUCAAAUAAAGUGGAUCAUGAAAGAUUUAUCCACAUCAAGCAUUCACUUUUUUAUGGAAAUUUUAACGUUAUUAAUGUAAAAUGCUAUUCCUGCAAUUCUUCAAAUCAUUUGAUAAAUAAUUGCCCUUUGUUGAACUAUAAACCUGAUAUUGAAAAGAUAUUUAAAAAGGAAAAUUUUCAUUAAUAGAUUAGAACAAAAUUUUUUAGGGAUAAAAACGUUGAUUAGAGAGCUUUUAAUAAGACUUUUAAAAGGAUUUUCGUAAAAUUUUUAUUAAAUUUAGAUCAAUUUCGAUGCUUUGAAAAUGUUUAGAUUGAAAUAUGAUCUUAUUGAUCAAGAUGAAUACUAUCCAAGAAGCAAUGAAAUAAUUGAGACUGAAGAUAUUGAAUCUGAUACAGAAUCAGCUGAAUCCUAUGAAUAAUAUUAAUCAGAUUAAAUACUCUCAGACAAUAGGUUUAUUGAUAAAUAAGAUGGGUACUUAUUAACAUAUAUUAUUAAUUAGUACUAUCGUUAGUAUUAUAAAGUAAUAAGAUUAAUUAAGAGACAAUUCUAAAAUAUUGUUGGAAGUUGAUGAUAAUAUUGAAGAAAUGUUUAUAAUUAGGCCAAAUAAUUAAAAAACAACAAUGAGUACUGCCUAAUUCUAAUUUGAAUAGUAAUAACAAUACUAAUAAUAGUAAUAAUAGCAAUAAUAAUAAUAAUAGUAGCAAUAAUAGCAAUAAUAAUAAUAAUAAGCAAAUCAAGCAUCAUAUAGAUUUUCGUUAAUGCCCAUUGAUCCUAAAAUUAGAAAAUAAUCAUCCUCUCAGUUAGAAUAAGCAUCAUCUCAAAAUAUAGCUACUGAAGGAUAGAUUCCAUCAGUAAAAGGAUCAAAACAUAAUUCUCAAAUUGCUUUUAAAGGGGAAUAUAGUGAUAAACUAAAAUUUGGAUCUUAAAAUAAAAUAUCCAGUUAUAUUAGUCUUGAUAAUAAAAUAAAAAAAAAUUUAUCCAGAAUAAAAGAAGAGGAUUCUGAUACAUUAAAUUUAUCAAAUCGUUAUAAUUCAGAUGAAUAACAAAGUUCAUAAAACAUGAAGUAUUUUUAUAGAUAAAGUCAAAAUUCAUUACCUUCAAGAAACACCUAUUUGAGACCAUCUAUGAAAAGAAUUUCAUCUAAAAUAUCAUCUAUAAACUUUAUACCCGGAACAAGAACAUAUAAUAAAACAAAUACUCCAUUUACAAGAUCAUUUGUAAAUUUUCCUACCACAGCAGGAAUAGUGGAUUUAAGUAUGUACAAAAGAGAAGAUUAUAAAUCUGAAGAUUUUGAGACGAUGUUUGUUUAUACGAUAUAUUUUCCUUUAGGAAAUUAUCCAAACAUAAUUAAGAGGUUGAAUUAUUAUUUAAAAUGCCAAUUGUAAGAAUUUGUUUAAUCUAAAUAUACCUUUUAAUAUAAAGUAAAAUAAUUAAGUUAAAAACACAGUUUAUUGUAGAUGAAUCCUGAUUUGUUAAACAUUAAGAGUUAGUCUAAAACAAUAUUUGAAUGA